CACUCCUUUAUCUAGUUUAUCUAAUUUCAAGUUUGUGAUGGACUUUCUUUUCAAAAUGAAACUUCUAUUAGCUUUGUCCACCUUUAUUAUGCUAAAGGGAAUGCGCCCCCAGACUGAGGAAGGCCAAAUGCCACUACAGGUUAAAAGCAAGGUAACUCGACUGGACAUAUUAUUAGGUCACCACAAGAACUCCUGGAAGAGGCCCACAUUUGCUGAGAUACACAAAACUGACCAAAAGGUGCUGCAUUCCCCAGUUCUGGUAAUGGCUAGUUCAAGAAUGGCACGAUCCCUCAGAAAGAGGCGAGCAGCCCGGGACAGGGCAGAAGAACGUGAAUGCCGUCUGAGAACCCUGCUCCUAAAGGUGAAAGACCUUGGCUUGGGCUAUGACUCAGAAGAAACAGUCGUAUUCAAGUACUGCAGUGGAAGCUGCCCACAAACACGAACCAACCAUGACCUCACACUAGCUGUACUGCUACGUAAAAGUGAGAUACCCUCACUAGCUGAGGAGAAGAUAGCUAGUGAUCCCUGCUGUCGUCCCACUCAGUAUGAAGAUGUGGCCUUCUUGGACAGUAACCACCGCUGGCACAAAGUUGAGAAACUGUCGGCAUCAGCCUGUGCAUGUGUGGGAUGAGUAUGAAGUAAAAGAUAGUGGCAAAGUUUGUUUUGACUUUUUGGCUGUAGCACGUGUGUUUAAGAAAUGAGAUACAGAUUAAGGCAAUCAGAAAGACUACAAUGGGUACGCACAAUCAGAACUGCAACAGUUUCAAAUUCUUAAGUAACUCUCCUUGAUACAAGAAUCUUUAGCAGUGAAACGACUUUAUGGAGAAGACAUCUAGGUUGAUCCAGACAACCUGAACUGGUGUUUCACUGGAACAAGCACACACUACAUUAGUCCUAUUGAUUUAACUGCUUUAGUUGGAUGGCGUAUUAUAAUUUCUGCUCACCUUAAACGUUCUCAAACUUUAUGUAGU